AUGGACAGGACCGCACGCGAUUCUUUGGAAAUUGGAGUGAUUCGCUCCGGCCCCUUCACCCCGUCCCGUCAUCUCUUUUUGCUCGCUUCUGCUUCGCUUUUACUUGCUUCUGCAGCAAGCCUCGAGGAGCAAUUUGUGUGCGCGAAACACGGGGCAAUUUUUACCAUCAGACAUACGGACCCAUUCCAGAACCGCACGUCGCCCCCCUCCGCCCCCCCCAAAAAAAGAAAAAAACCUGAGUUGGAUCGAGUCAAGGUUAAGAUGCCCGGCAACAACAGCGAAUAUGAAAGGAUGGUGGAGGAGUUGGCUGCAAGGGAGGCGGAGAUGGAGGCGAAGAUGAAGGAGGAGAUGGAGGCGAAGAUGAAGGAGUGGGCUGCGAAGGAGGCGAAGAUGGAGGAGGAGUGGGCUGCGAAGGAGGCGGAGAUGAAGGCGGAGAUGGAGGCGAAGGAAAAGGAGUGGGCUGCGAAGAUGGAGGAGGAGCUUGAAGCGCUACGCCACCCGGCAAUCGCCAAUUUUACGCCCGGGGCCAUCUCGGACAAUCCUCGGGCCGACGCAUCCGCGCAACUUGCAGCGAAAGCGUUUGACGUUGAAUAUCGUACACCGCAUUUGGCCGUGGACGACGCGUUCCAGCUUUUCGCGCAGGUGGCGGACUCGACGGAACGAGUGGAUGUCGUGGCGCUGUGCCAAAGUAGCGGGUUUGGCAAGAGCCGACUGCUAAAGGAGGUGUCGAAGAGGUACUACACGUGUUACAUGUCCCUGCCUCUUGGUCAGUAUGAAAGCCGCGGCUACCCGAUGCCCACUGCCCGGGGAAGGCAGUUUAUGUCUCGGCUCCUGCGCGUCAACAAAUGUCUCGACGAUGAAGUUGCUGUUAUCGAGAGGCGGUAUAUGGAGGCGAUUGUGGAGGAGGUGGCGCUAAUGGUUGAGGCAUGCAUCGCUUUUAGAGGAACGGCCGAGGAGUGGUAUCGACAGAGCGUGACGGAGAGUGAUCUGGAAGAAGCGUCGCCUGGUGCCCAGCGGUCCCUACCGGAUCUGCUUGCUCGGUUCUCGAGCCUUAAAGGAUACCCUCUGGUGUUUAUGCUGGACGAGGCUGGUGCUUUGUUACCACCAAGCGUGAUUGAGACCAGCUACUUUCGACUGGUAAGGAGGGCUCUCGCCAUUAAGGGUAUUUCUCUGGUGUGCGCUUCUACGAAUUCCAAGGUUCAGAAUUUCGCGCCCUCUCUGCACUCUGACACGUCUGCCAAAAUGCUGAAACGGAAAUCCACGCCUCCAAGACCGCUGCUGGCCAUCUCAACCCGGGAUGCGUUUGCGAAUCUCCAGUUACCGGUUACUCUGAGCGAGGCAGCUUCUCCUGGUUACUGUGUUUCCUUCGGUCGACCCAUGUGGAUGGCCUUGUUUGGAGCCAUGGGGGAUGAUGUCGACGCGGCGGAUUUGAGAAAGUUCGCUGCAGAUAAGAUUGCAGCGUAUGGAUCCUUGAACACAGAGGGCGCGUGUUUCGCAGCUGCAGCAAUUCUGGGAGUGCUCCGAAUUCGACCGUCAGUUGCCGUCGCAGAGUCCUUGGUGUCCCACCACAUGGCCACCCUUCUGCACGUUUCCGACGACCGAGAACUGCUCUAUGUUGGCUAUGAUUCUGAUCCAAACUUGGCAGAGGGUGCGAUGUCGAUAUUGUUCCAACACGAACAGGAAGUAUUGAAGAGCGUGGUGAAGGCAGUAGGCUGUGGGACGGUCGACAAGGGGAAUAUGGGCGAAUUCUACUGCAGGCUGUUGCUAGCGCGUGCCCGAGCCGGGAUGAAGUCGUCCACGAGUUCCGUCCACGAGUUCCGGUGCGCGGUCUUCGGAGGCAGUUCCGAAGUGCAUGACGACCCAAGAUCUAACUUCACCGGGACAAUACUGUUCAACCAUUUCGCUACUUGUCCCCCUCCAUAUACUCAGGAACGCCUGAGGGCUGCGUUUCUUCGAAGGGCUGCCAUAAUUCCGGCCCUUGAAAACCAAAAGGCAGUCGACUUGAUAAUUCCCGUGUUCCAUGGCGGAAGCGACGAUGAUCUAGUUGAGGCUGAUAAAAUGGGCGCAAUCGCAGUUCAAGUCAAGAACUGCAAGCAGCCCUUGAAUGCAACCGUUUUGCUCGAAAGCAUGGAAGAGUAUACGGGCGGCUUUCCGAUACCGUGGGAGAACUGGCUGGUCAUGGCGACGGUCCAGCGACGCAGUAAAGGCAUUCGGAACCUCGUCACGUUUGAAGAGUUAAUGACUCGCGUAGCUCCGUCACACGCGUGGCCGCUAUGGAGAGCUCUGCUGGCCGCCGACCUUUCCUUCAACGAACUUGUACCACCCGGAGACGAGAGGUGGACAGGACCGCACGCGAAGUUCUUCGGCGACUGGAGUGAUCCUCUCCGGCCUCCUCACCCUGUCCCACCGACUGACAAGCAGCAGCUCUCAGCGCAGUUUAACAAACGCCAGAGGCACGCCUGA